AUGAGACUUGUGAGGUUCCUGAUGAAGCUGAGCAACGAGAGCGUGGUUGUUGAGUUGAAGAACAGCACUGUCGUGCAGGGAACGAUUACCGGCGUCGACAUGUCCAUGAACGUGCAUAUGAAGAACAUCAAGUUCACGGUGAAGGGGAAGCCGCCAGUGUCCAUGGACCACUUGACAAUCAGAGGCAACAACGUGCGGUAUGUCAUUCUUCCGGACAGUAUUCCCUUGGACACCUUGCUCGUGGAUGACGCCAAGCGCCUGCCAAAGGCAGUCGGCGGAGUUCAGUUCCUUUCCCUGGACGGCUCUCCCGUUCAGUUGGGGCAUGCCGCGGCCGCCCUCCGAGACAAGCGACCACAGCAGGUCAUGCUGGAGACCUGCGCAGAGCGGCAGGUGCUCAAUAGCCGCCUCACUGAGGAGGAGGUGUCGCCGGAGACGGGAGAGCAGGGGCGAGUGCUGUCUCACGGCGACGCCAUAGCCUUCGUCCAUGGCGGUCUUCGCGGCAGUGACGCGCGGGCUCUGACCGCGGUGGCUGAGGAGGUCGGCUCCCAGGUGUACGCCGUCGACAGGUCCUACCGAGAGACUCAAAACCGGGUUGCUCGACGACUAUUUUUGCAUCCCCAGGAGCUGCUAGCCUUCUCGCGCUAUGCGGCUUCAGCUCUCAGCGCGGGUUCAGAGGAUCCGAGUCGGAUAUCGGAGCAGUGUCCGGCGGCCGUCAUCCAGAUCCUGGGCAGCGAAAGGGAGCAGCACAUGGCCUCCGAAAUCACGAAGCGCAUCGUCGAUGGCGCGACUGUCUUCGUGAUCUGUACUGAAAGCAGGCUGGCGGCCUUGAAAGAGCUGGUGGCACAGGGUGCGGCUCACGGGGACAAGGCCGAUGCGGCUGCCAGCAGGAUCUGGCCCUUCCUUCUCAUUAUGGUCUAUGCUGUGCCUGCGGUCUUGCGCACCGCCGCCGUGAAUGGAAGCCACGCAGUCGCGCAGGCUGUGCACAGCCUUUCCGGCUGUCGCGAGGCGAUCAUGGGAGACGAGGAUGUGGCCCUUAUGAAGAUCACCGCCAAAAAGAAUGUUGCCUUCUACAUGCGUGCUGCAGCAUCCUUCCUGCGCGGCACAGAAGACAAGAAGCCGGUUCAGGAGCUCCGAGUGACAGCCCUGGGAGAGGCUAUUGGCAUCGUGGCCUCCGUGGCCUCGCGCUGUGAGAAAGAAAGCCUGGCGACGAUCAAAGAAAUCAAAACAGACUAUGCGGACGUGCAGACAAACUCCGGCACCACCCGUGGCUGCGCACAGCUACAGGUGGUGCUGCAGAAUACCUCUUCCGGCGCGAAGGCUUGA